GUAGUGCAGAAGCAGAUACAGUUUCAUCAUCCAAUGAUUAUGCUUUAGCGCCUUUGGCUAAGCGAGGUGAAGCAGUAGAAGAGGUAUCCCAUUUUUCUUCACACUGCUCAGAGUCUGAACCUGAUGAAAGCAAAGUAAAAGAUGAGAUAGAGUCCCAAGGAGACCAUCUUCAU